CGUGAGUGUGAGGAGCGGCGACACCUGGCAGCUCCAGGGUCAGCACUAUAUAAGGUGAAGAGGUCUUGCAGGAACUCAUUCUUGCCUGAGCAGCCACGACGGCAACAUAGUCCUAGUCCUCUGAAUUACUUCUCCCCUCUUAUACUCCAGACGAGAUGCGGUGUGCACUGUUGGUGCUAUGUGUGGUGGCGUGGAUGUACGUGGACAGUAGCCAGGCACAAAGAAAAAAUUUCAGGAUUCCAUCACGGGUAGAGCUGGAGGUGGCACUCAACAACCCUGACACCGUUGACAAAGCUCUGGCUUGCAUCGAGGGUCGUCCAUGUCACUUACCGGACACCUAUGCUCCGCUCCUGCGCAACUUGGGUCCCGAGCUGAUCCGGAGACGUGAGUGCCCUGCCAGACUGUGUACCCCAGAACAAGCCAGGGAAGCAAAAUGGCUCAUCGUCCAGAUCCAGAAGAGAUACCCAAGAAAAUUCUACGCUACCGUCAACAGACUUGCCGCAAGGGAUCCCUAUUUCUGAGUACAACACAGUAUUUAUUAAUAACACUCAUAGCUUCUAAGUUAAUUUUUUUUAAUCAGCAAGGAUAAAUGUGCAUCAGAAAAUGCACAAUACACGAAGGAAUUAAUGUUAAUGUGUAGCCACGAGUUCUAAAGUUAAGCUUAGAGUCGGCUGGUCCUGACUACCACAAUCACACAUUUGUGCGUCCUCUUAGUUACUAUUAUAUUCAUGCAGCACCUGGGGAAUGGGAGGUAAUCAGGUUUCACCUGAGGAAGUGUAGCUCCUUUCUCCAACGCUCUUCACAAGCAUCAAGGGAACUCAUCAUCCCUUGGAAGGUUCACUGGUAGUGUUGUGGCCAUAAGAGAAGGUUUUGUUGUUAUAUAUAGUGCAGAAGUGAGUCACAGGUACAUUACAAACAGGAAUUGCAUGAGUAUCAUUGUUCUGCUGUUAUGUCAUGUUUUGAUCAACUCUAUAUAAUUUAAUAAACAAAAUUACAUUGUCAAAUGUAUCUUUAACUGUAGACUAACAACCAUCAGUGAUUAAGGCAAAUUAUAACUUGUUUAUGGAGUGCUAUAUUAUUAUUGUAAUAUUCGUAUACCAGGGGAUAAAGUGUGGCUUAUAUAAUGAAAUAACCAGUUUGAUAAUAAAAACAAUAAAAGAA